CCACACACACACGCUCACGUUAUAAAAGCACAUUCCGGUGGGAGGGUGAAGGAAACCAAAGCCUGGAGAGAAAACAUUCUGAAAUCUCACCCCUUAUCAGAACAGCACACAGACUUUAAACUCUACGAUGAAGGCUUUCCUGGUAGCCGUGCUCCUAGUGUUGGCAGUGGCGAAUGGAUCUGCUCUGAAGUGCAGACAUUGUGUUCCUUCGAGACCAGGCACAGGCUGCACCGUCACCACGGAGACCUGCUCCUCUUCGAUGGAUGCUUGUGUCGCCGCCAGGUUCCUCUUCUCCCCAUUCUCCUACUUCAAUAGGUGCAUCAAAAUGUCAGACUGCAGGAUUCUACAGACCAGCCCCUACAUAAAGGCCAACUGCUGCCAGACCGACCUCUGCAAUAUCUCCAGCUUGUAGAUCCUUUGGGCGUCUCCCAGCCCCCUGCUACACACCCCUUUCAUUCUUCCGGAUCCUUCUGCAUCCUGUAUAGGUCUGUCGAAAGGCUGCUUGAUACUAUGGGCUGACCACACAAAGGUUCUCUUCAAGUCAGCUCGUAACCUUUUCUUGUGUAUUCAUGCGUCUAUGCGCUAUAUUUGAAUGUCCUGUACAAAUACAAGAGUGUGAUUUCUUAAA